AUGCGCGAUGUGCGUCGUCGUGAACGACUAGCUGGCUUGAAGCGAGGCUCCAAGCGGGAAGCCCAACUGCAGAAACCCUCCAAGCCCGCCCCCAUCGUGCAGGACAUUUCUGAGGAUUCCUUCAGCGAUCAAGCAACGUCGUUCUGGAGCUCUUCUUCUCCAUCGUCAUCCUCGUCCUCGUUGUCUUCGUCGUCUUCUCCCCAAGUGACGAAGUCCAGUGGUGAUCUCGUUCUCCCCCAGUCGGGACAGCAGUCCCUAACGCAAUGGGAUGCCGGCAAUCUCCUAAUCACGUCGGGUUCAAAUCCCGUGCCCCAAAUGAUCUGGGAACUCGAUCCAUUCAGUACCUUGCAGUGCGUUGCUGGAAUGCCAUCUAUGGUCUCGGAACUGAUAUUAUAUUAUGAGACUGUAUACGUACCGACGACGUUUCCAAAUGCGCAAAAUGGGUCAAAACGAGCUAAUAAGGCGUUCACGACCACAUCCGCCUUCUCGGAUGCUGGCAGCUUCUUUGGCUUGAUGAGCAUGUGUGCGGCCCAUCGAGCUAUUCUUUCCGGACGUCAUUCGGAUCUGAUCGACGCGGAAGGCUCAUCAGGCAGUCUUUAUGAUCCAGAUUAUUAUAUUAUGAAGGAUAGAUGCAUUCGGGAGAUGGAGGUCAAAGUACGCGAUCCCAACCGGGCACUCAGCAAUGAAGCCUUUGAUACGAUUGUUAGCCUCCUGACCAGUGCGUUGAUCGUGGGUCUUUUCUCGGAAAUCAGGAUCCAUCUCAAAGGUUUGAAACACAUGGUAGACAUGCGGGGAGGUAUCACGGCCCGCAGCGUUCGAGGAUCGUCCAUCUGGGCUGCUAUUGUCACAGCCGAUAUCAAGGCUGCUUCGGGCCUCAUGACUGCACCGGUAUUUCCAUUGCUUUGGGGUUCGAAGCGCGUACCAGCGGAUGUCCAAGCGCGGGUUCAGCCGUCGGAGUUCUCACCAGUGAACCGCAUUGGCAACGCUCUCUGUGCAAACACACUGCUGAGUUGCUCUCUACGAAGGGUCAUUCAUGCGUUUCGUGGGGUUGCCUUUUAUAGCGAGGCAUUUGAAACAAACUCGCCUGCUCUCCAGCCCAAAAACCAUGAAUUCUUCCGCCUUUUCAUAUGCGAGAUAGAGCAUCGAUUGGCCAGUUACGUUGAUUCUGAGCCCGAAGCAACAGUUCUCCACCCGAUUGAAGCGCUCACCAGGACAGCGGCAAUUUGCUACCUCAAUAGUCUUUUGAUUGUCUCCCCACCAUCGACGGGUCUUGGCCGCGCACUCACAAAACAUCUCAAAAGGGCAGCAAACAACUGCACACUUCCACUGCUAGCACAGCUACCAGAGGAGAACGCCGUGCUUCUUGCAUGGGCACUGUUUAUCGGGGCUCAGGGCUCAACAGGACAGAUUGAACACCAUUGGUUUAUUGAACAACUCGCAACUAUCGCGGUAAUCUGUGGAUGGAGUCACUGGGAUCAUGUGUCGGAUCUCUUGACCGAAUACCUUUACAUUCCUCAGGUUCAGGGUCAGAUCUGGAAAACCAUCUGGGACAAGGUUGUCACUUUUGUUCCAACAGGCAUCGUUGGACCAUACUAUGCUCAUCCUGCAUGUUUUGGAUAA